GCCAUUUUGUCCGCGGUAGUAGGCAGGCAGCAAGUGGAGCCAAGCCCUUACAUAUUCAACAAGACAUGAACAAUACAAAAGACGACGAUAUGAGUUGGAUGUCAAGGUUCAGUGGUUUCUGACGGGUGUUUUUUUUUGUAGUUUUUUUGUUGUUGUUGUCAAUUUCAUGGAUAUAUCGGACCAAAUAGGUUAAAUUCAGUUGUUCCUCUCCUGGUACCGGACUCGGAGGAAGCAGGGUUGAAAUAGGACGACACUAGGUAGUUAGAGGGUGUUGUGUUAUAGCAGGAAGGCCGGUCAACUGGCUGCUGUCUUCUCUCCGUCUACAUCUAGUCUUAAACUCAAGACAAGUUGGGAAAGUUUGAUAGUUUCACGUUAGCCUAUUUUCGUUAUGUUUCACUCGAAACCCCAAAAACCCCUAAACACACAAAACCUCAGUGGAAGUUGAAUUCUGAAGAAGAGGGAUUUUAUUUGAGUAGUAACUGUUUUAGCUAGUUUGGCUAAAAACUGUGAUCAUAAUUCAGGGUUGUCUCGCCAGUGGUCUUGUUAAAUUGACCCGUAGGUAUCCAGCCAGCUAGAGAUGUUUAUAUGUAGCCAGCGAGCUGACAUUUCUGUUUACAAAUUGCAUAGUGGGACUCAUUCGUGGUUCGAGUGCAGAAACGGAAAUAUUAGCUAACACAAAGCUAGUUUACUUGUUAGAUGUCAACCUUUUUGUUGUUGUUGUGUGUUUUGUUUGUUACCAUACAUAAUACCUUGUUAAUGAUAGCUAACGUUAACUAGUUAGUUGUUACAUUGAUUUGCUUAUUCAAGACAUAAUAACAUAUUGUGUGUCCGGAUUUUUUUUUUAGGUUGCAACAAACAACAAAAAAUCUAAAAUUAGUCAGAUCUUUCAGCGAUACUGGACUAGGACGUCAUACCACUUCUUUUUAACGGGACCGAUUCCCGUGGCCCGAAACCUCCUUGCCAUCACUGGUGUUACGCACGUCAGCUAAUAACCAAUCGUUGGACAUUGUGUGUGUGUUUAUCAUCUAACUAAUCAUAGUGGGUUUUGUAGCGAAACGGUGAAACACAAUGUCAGGACAGUCUAUAACGGAUCGCUUCGCAGCGGCACAGCACAGCAUGACCGGGUCUGCUAUCAGUAAAGCCGUGUGCAAGGCCACGACGCACGAAGUCAGCGGCCCCAAGAAGAAACACCUUGAUUACCUGAUCUACUGCACCAGUGAGAUGAACGUGUCGGUCCCCCAACUGGCUGACACACUAUUUGAGAGGACAGCCAAUAGCAGCUGGGUGGUGGUCUUCAAAGCUCUGAUCGCUACACACCACCUUAUGAUGUAUGGCAAUGAGCGUCUUAUCCAGUAUCUGGCUUCUAGAAACACCCUCUUUAACUUGAACAACUUCUUGGACAAAGGUGCUCUGCAAGGUUAUGACAUGUCUACGUUCAUCCGUCGGUACAGCCGCUAUCUGAAUGAGAAGGCCAUGUCUUACAGGCUGGUGGCUGUGGACUUUACCAAGAUGAAGAGAGGGAUUGACGGUGUGAUGCGCACCAUGAGCACAGAGAAGCUCAUCAAGACGUUACCGAUUAUCCAGAACCAACUAGACGCACUGUUAGACUUCCAGGCCAACCCUAAUGAGUUAACUAACGGAGUCAUCAAUGCAGCCUUCAUGCUGCUGUUUAAAGACUCCAUCCGUCUGUUUGCUGCCUACAACGAGGGUGUCAUCAACCUACUGGAGAAGUAUUUUGAUCUGAAGAAGGGUCAGUGUAAAGAGGCGUUGGACAUCUAUAAGAAGUUCCUGUACAGGAUGACCAAGCUGUCUGAGUUUCUCAAAGUAGCAGAGCAAGUUGGAAUAGAUCAGGGUGAUAUCCCCGAUCUCUCACAGGCAGUUAAAGGAUCAUGCAUUGCCCCCAGUAGUCUCCUAGAGGCUCUGGAGCAGCACCUAGCCUCUCUGGAGGGGAAGAAGACCAAGGAGCUCAGUGCUGACACCAGAGCGUCCACUCUGUCCAGUGCUGUGACGUCUCUGUCCAGUACAGGCAUGUCCUUCAGCCGCAUGGACGAGAAGGAGAGACUGCAGGCCUUGGAAGAGGAGCAGGCCAGACUGCAGGCCUUGGAAGAGGAGCAGGCCAGACUGCAGGCCCUCAAGGUACAGGACCAGCGUCUGAAGGAGAUCGGUGUGUCCCUGCCUCCCUCUGCCUCCCCCAGUACACAGUCUAUGGGCAGUGUCAACCACAACACCAACCAGGCCAUGGAGCUAUUCAACACACCAUCCACCAAUAGCAUGCCCAACCUCAGUAGUGAUCUGUUUGACCUACAGCCAGCCUUCAUCCCUGUUGUCCAGAGCACUCCUUCCAUCUCUACAGCCGCCAGUGCCUGGGGAGGUGCUGCUGUGCAAGCUGAGUCCUCCAUAAGUGUAGAUUUUGAUGCUGUUUUUGGGGGCGGGGCUAGAGGAAUAGCCAAUAACGGCGUGCAGCCAGCCGCUGAUGGGUUUGAUGCUCUUGGGGACCUGCUGAAGCCCACAGUGUCGAACCAUAACCAGGCUCCCCCCAUGGCCCUCCACCACCCCCACCCAAGUCACCCCCAUCCAGGGUACCACCCAGGGGGCAAGCUGCUGGCCAACGACCUGGACUCCUCCCUCGCCAACCUCGUUGGCAAUCUGCAGUUCGGAGGAGCCCCAGCCAAGAAUUUGUCUCUGUGUGCCCCGGUGUUCAGGCCAGACAUGCAGUGGAGCCAGUCUGGAGAGAAGAGACUAACUGGGGGACACAACUGGCAGAGUAAGACCAUGACCAGCACCACGGCCUGGAACCCUGUUCCCAUGGCACCCGCACCCAUGCCUGUACAACACCUGGCUCCAGCUCCUAUGCCUUUCCCCAUGACCACACCGCAAGUGCCUAUGUAUGGAAUGGUCCCUCAGAUGGGUCAGAUGGGGGGUGUCCAGGUGAUGGCCCCCCAGCCCAUGAUGUACAACCAGCCUGUACUCAGACCCACAAACCCCUUCUCCCCCAUGCCUGGAGCCCAGAUGCAGUUCAUGUAAUUUCAUCUGGGGGAGCAGAGUGAAUGAUGGCAUAAAACACAGAGCGGACAAACGAAGAAAAGAGAAAGGAAUGAAUGAAUGACUGAGGGGCAGACAGAAGAAAAACCAACCAACACCAAAUACAAGAGGAGAGGAAGAGGGAAGAAGAGGCUGAUGAACCCGGGAGAUGGAGGGUAGAGCAAGGAAGAGUGUUUAUGAUAUCAUAAAGGCUUACCUCUCUGUCUGAAACAGCCCCCACCCUCAAACAAACACCCCCCCCCCAAUUUUUUUUAAUAAUACGGAACCCCUAUAAA